AAUUUCUUCAGUACAACUGACAAUUGUGUGCGCGAAAUCAAAAUGACUGGAAAUCCGGUCGAGUGCGAUUGUAAAUUAACUUGGAUUUACCGUGAAAAUUAUCGUUCGCUCUUUAAUGGCUUGCAGUGCGUUCAGAGGUCAACCAAACUAAAAACAGAUUUCACGCAGCUGAAACGUAAUGAACUGUGUGCUUGGGAACCAAUAAUGUGCCCCAGCAAAUGCAACUGUUACGCACAAUCUGAAUUCCUGUACAUCAAUUGCAAGGGUGCGCAACAUAUCGAACAGCUCCCACGUCCCGAGCAAGUUGGAUUGAAUAGCUCGGUACUCGAUAUUAGCGAUAAUAAUUUCAUUGUAUUGCCGCUAAACACCACCUUCGGCUAUAGUAACGUUUCGCAACUAAACGCGUCGUACAAUAAAAUCACGAACAUAAGUCUCACUCAACUGCCAACCAAUUUGACGGUUUUGGAUUUACGAAAUAAUCGCUUAAAAUCUUUAAAUAAUGAGUUCUUGCGUAUAUAUCUCAAUGACAGCAGAAAACUACAAUUUCUCUAUCUCAGUGAAAAUCUUUGGUUUUGCGACUGUUCCACGCAGCAAUUGCUUUACACCAUACGUACACAUCGGACACGCAUACCCGAUGCCGACUCGUUACUCUGUUAUAAUCACCAGAGUUUUACACUCCUAACAGCAAAUCUGACAGAAUUAUGUCCAACUCCCGUUAAUGUUAAAUAUUAUGAGAACGUGAAUGUUACUGUGAUUUCUGUAGCGUUAACCAUUAUUAUUUUUCUUUGUAUUAUCGCACUCUUCUAUAAAUACAAACUGGAAGUGAAAGUCUGGUUAUAUAGCCAUAACAUAUUGAGAUUUUGGAUUCACGAAUGUGAGCUGGAUAAGCAUAAAAGAUUCGAUGCGUUUAUUUCAUAUGCACACCAGGAUGCAGACUUCGUCAACCAUACAUUACUGCCGCAACUCGAACAGUGCGAACCACCAUUUCGUGUAUGCACACACGAACGCAAUUGGCUGGCUGGCGCUUAUAUACCUGAACAAAUCAUCGAAUCGGUGGAGCAGUCACGUCGGACGAUCAUUGUGCUCUCGCAGCACUUCCUCGAGUCGGAUUGGGCGCGCAUGGAGUUUCGCACAGCGCAUCAGUGCUCGUUGAACGAAGGUCGUGCGCGCAUAAUAAUGAUCAAAUAUGGGGAAAUCUCGGACAGUGAGUUAUUGGACAGAGAACUAAAGGCAUAUUUGGAUAUGAAUACAUAUCUGGAUUGGCAAGAUGAUAGAUUUUGGGACAAAUUACGCUACGCGAUGCCCCAUAAAUUGGGUGGAGGGAAGAAUUCCGAUAUGCUUGAAGUUAAUGGUAGAAUGUAUUUUAUGGGACAAGUUGAGAUAAAUCGUUUGCGUGACGAGAGUGUUUAAAAUUGGAAUAAGGUAUGAUUUAUCGCCAAUAUACAUAUUUCUUUGAAAAUACAAAUAUGUUGUAUUUACUAGUUGUAGAUACUCGAUAAAAUGUCCAUAUUCUUCUGU